ACGAUACGUAUGUUAAUUUUCGAGCUGUGACCUCCAUUCAUACUGCGUUGCGGCUACUGAUAGCUCGGCACAGUUCUUUCCUUUCAGGCUCUCUGGUUGGAGUUAGCCAACAUGGCGGCCGUGUAAAGUAAACGGUUUGUCUGCAGUGCCAAAGAAAUGAGGGUCUCCCGCUCUUGCAUGGGGCUCCGGCGAACCUAUUUGGUUUGGCCAAUCUUGCUGAUCCUCCUGGUUGGUGCUGGCUUGACAGCUCUGCUACCCCCUGCAGAGGAGCAAGGAGGCCUUGAUGUUCUGGGAGUGCUACGCCGGGCAACGUCACAAAAGGAGAAUCCCGCAAAGGGCCACCAUGGUGACAGCACAGAGGGGGAGCAUAAGUUUACUAUCAUCAUCCAAACAUACAAUCGCACAGACGUUCUGCUCAAACUACUUAACCAUUACCAGGCAGUGCCUCAUCUUCAGCGAAUUAUCAUAGUCUGGAACAAUGUUGGGGAGCAGACACCCUUAAAGUUAUGGAACUCCUUGGGGCCGCAUCCGGUCCCUGUGGUCUUCAAGGAACAGACCAGCAAUCGAAUGCGCAACAGGCUACAGCCAUUCCCUGAGAUUGACACAGAUGCUGUGCUCAUGCUGGAUGAUGACACUCUGGUCAGCGUUCCUGACAUUUGUUUUGCUUUCUCAGUCUGGAAGCAAUUUCCAGACCAGAUUGUUGGCUUUGUACCCCGAAAACACGUCUCCACACCAGGAGGAGUGUACAGUUAUGGCAGCUUUGAACUGCAGGAUCCAGAAACAGCGGGAGGUGACAAAUACUCCAUGGUGUUAAUUGGUGCUGCCUUUUUCCACCACCGCUACCUGCAGCUCUUCCAGGACCAGCCGCAAGCAGUACAUGCGCUGGUGGACGAAACACAGAAUUGUGAUGAUAUUGCCAUGAACUUUGCUGUAGCACAGUAUUUGAAGAAACACUUUAAGUCUAUUGGCAGCAUUAAGAAACCCUCAGGGGUCUUUGUCAAACCCGUGGACCUUCGUAACCUGGAAAAGGAUGCCAGCAGUGGGUACCAGGGUAUGUGGCAUCGUCCUGAACACCUUCUCCAGAGGUCCUACUGUCUCAACAGGCUGACACAGAUUUAUGGCUUCAUGCCACUCUGCUUCUCCAACCUGAUGGUCUCCCAGUUUGGCUUCCCUAGCUACGCCAACCAUAAGAGCAGAGGCUGAAGAAGUGCCACAUUGCUGAAUGUUGGAUUGAAAGAAGACAAACUAGUAACAGUCUGGAUACUGGGCAGUUUCACCAUGGCAUCAGCAGGACAAUGAUGGACUUUCCUCCUUUGACCAGAGCAAGGAUUGUGCAAGAAUCUUCUACACAUGGCUCAGUCUGACGAUGUGUCCAUUUUUGAUAAGGUAAUCUGUAUUGUUACCAAAGCUGCCUUUCCUUCAGCAUGUACAGCACUCACAGGGGACUGUAGUGGAGUUACUUAAUAGCCGGCAGGUGUCAGGCUUAGAUCUGCUUUGUCAUUUUUGUAACUGUGAUUUAAACAACUGCUGCUUUUGGUUUCACUACUUUUCACAUUUUGAUGGAAUGUGUCGUUUUUCUCUUGAGCUUGUGUAAAGUCCCUGCAAAUUUAGAAUAAAUGUUAGAAGACACAUAUUCUUAAGUAAUUUU